GCCCUAUCACACUCAUGGACGCACGCAAUAUAUCACACAGCCGUGCCAGCCUUCUUGUCCUCGAGCGCAGCCACGUCACGCGCCUGCACACACCACACACACACACACACACACAUACGUCCGUCCACCCAUCUGCCCCAUGGGUCGGAUCCCUUCCAUCCGCAGUACAGAACGUACCUUCUUCCGUCGCUGCAGCCAUCGGUAGAGGGGCUUGGGUCCCAGCUCGGCCCCCGCCACGGUGAGGACGGCCCAGCCGAGCGCGUAGAAGUACAUCCACCAGGAGAGCGUCACUGUCGAGAAGACGUAGUUGACGCCGGGGAUGAGGGUGAUGAGGAUGGCGAGGGCCGCCGAGGUGCCGCAUGCGAUGUGCAGCCACUUGUUGCGGUUGAAGACGGCGAAGAUGGGCAACCACGACCGGACCGUGUAGCCACGCGGAAUCUCGCAGAACACCGCCGUGAGGAACGAGAUCGUCCGGGCGCGCUGCGUGCCGCGCACCACACACGUGUACACGGCGUCCUGCACACACAGAGACCGAUGAUGCGUGUGAGGGAGGCAGGAUGGCAUGAGUGUGUCUGUGUGGGUGGGUGAGUGUGUGUAUGCGUGUGCGUGUAUGGUCGUACGUCGUAGAAUUCCUUGGUCGCGAGGUUCUGAGGCUUGGCCCACUGGCCGGGCUGGCGGGGCUUGUCGUCGUCGUUGUAGAGAGGCUCGCUGUUUGAGUUUUCAUACUAACACAUCGCAUGCACCAGACAGACAGACAGACAGACGCACAAUAAGCAUGUGUAGUUUCGGCGUGCGUGUGUCUUGCGUCAGUACCUUUGUGUAUGCCUCUGCGACUUGGGGCACAUCCUCGGGCCGGAGGGUGCCGGGCUCGAGGGUGCCAAUGUAGGCGCGGUCCAGGUGCUUGAGGGUCGAGUCGUUGGGGUCAUAGUAGUCGAUGUCAAUCUGAUCCACACAAACCAACCACACACCGAACGAACCAAACCACAUCACAUCCGUCCAUGCGCUCGCCGCCCCGUGUCUGUCACACACCUGCCAUCCCUUGUCCCAGGUGAACUCCCGGCACUCGCAGAAGUACGGCCAGGCGAAGUCAUCGCCAUCGACCUUAUAGGUGCGGCACGGCUCCGUCUGCACACUGUCGGAUGUGACAUAGCCGGUGUUGAGGUACAUGGCGAAGGCCAGCGACAGCAGCACUGCGCACGUCUGGAUGACGGCAUGCGGCAGGAUGGCGAAGAAGGCGAAGGGGCGGGUGAUGAUGGACGCCGUCUUCUUGCGGGGCGGCUGCUUCAUGAUGUCCUCGUCGGCAGGCUCCACGGCCAGCGCCACUGCGGGCGGCCCGUUGCUGAUGACAUUGAUGAACAAAAUCUGACGGAAGGAAAGACACGGACAGUGGGUGAGGGUGAGUCGAGGGAAAUCGCAUCGCAUUGUUGGUUUGUCUGACUUGACUCACCUGGAGGGCCUCGAGUGGCAGCGGCAGCCUGAUGAGGAUUGAGAUGGUGAGGUAUACGAUCUGGCCGAUGCAGCAGCCCAGCAGGAAGGUGACGAACUUCUGGAUGUUGGCGUAGAUCUUCCGGCCCUCCUCGCACGCAGCCACGAUCGUCACGAAAUUGUCGUCCAGCAACACCAUGUCGGACGCGCCCUUGGCCACGUCUGUGCCUGCGAUGCCCAUCGCCGUACCGAUGUCGGCAGCCUACAUCACAUUUCACACACAAGAUCGAUGGAUGGAUGGAUGGAUGGAUGUGCUGUGGGUGUGCUGUGGGUGUGGUCCGUACCUUGAGUGCAGGUGCGUCGUUGACACCGUCGCCGGUCAUGGCGACCACGCCGCCCUGCCGCUGCAGUGACCGCACGAUGGCCAUCUUGUCCUCGGGCUGGGCGCGGGAGAACACAUUCACCCUACAUAACACAGACACAACAGACAGACAGACGGAUGACCAUACACACCUCUCUCUCAGUCGUCAGCUGGCUGGCUGCACAUGCUGACCUGGAGGUGAUCUCGUCCAGUGCGCCUUCCUCGACGUGCUCGCCGGUCUCCUUGUCCCUCAGCUCCUCGCACAUGAUGGCCCCCUCGGUGCCCUGCUCGUGCUUCAAGAUGCCGAUCUCGCGGGCAAUGGCCGAGGCCGUGAUCUUCUGGUCUCCAGUGAUCAUGAUGACCCGCACACCGGCACCGUUGCACUCUUCGAUGGCGUCACGGACGCCUGUGCGUGGGGGGUCGACGGACCCGAAGAGGCCCAUGAGGGCGAGGGGCUGGCUGGGGUGGGGGGACUGCUUGGACGAAGGGAGGGGCGUGCCGCGGCCCAGGAUGGCGUCCAGUCGGACGUCGGCCGUGUCGAGGGUGGAGAGAAGCGAGACGUCCUCGGUGCUCAGAGGGCGGACGGCCAAAGCCAGCACACGAAGGGCGUUCUGUUGGUGGCACACAGUCAGAGCAGCCAUAUGAAUGAGGCGCGCUGAUGGACCUCUCUCUCUCUCUCUGUGCAGAGAGGUCAGACCUUGGCCAUGUCGUUGUUGACGCGCUCGAUGUCGGUGCGCUGCUGGUCUUUGAGAGUAUGCUGAGAGGCGAGGCGGUAGGUGGGGUUGCCCUCCUUGUCGGUGCCGUCCUGCGGGCAGCUGCCCACGUGGGGCAUCACCCUGUCAGGCCCACCCUUGAUGAUGGCCACGUGCGUCAUCGAGCUGUCCGGCAGAGACAUGCCCUCAAACACACCUGAUCGACCGACCACGGCACACAGAACAAGAGGACAAAGACGACAGUGCACGCAGCAGAGGGCGCAGGGCAGUGGUUUGCUCCUGGUUGGUUUGUGUACCGGGUGUGUGCAGCUGGUGGAUGGUGACCAUCAUCUUGCGUGAGCUGUUGAAGGGCACCUCGAGGGCGUUGAUGCGGAGGUACUUGGCCUGGUGGUGAGUCACGCUCGCGAACUGACCGUCCUCCUCGCCGAUGCCGAUGCGCGCCUUGGCCGCAGCAACCACCAGAGCACCUGACAUCACAGAGACCGAGACGUGAUCACCACACCACCGUGCCACCCCGUCUGUGUCUUCUCAUGUGUCGCACCUUCGCUCAUGUUUCCUUCGGUGACCCAUCUGCCGUCCUCGACCAUCUUGAGCUGGGUGCCGUAGCAGUUGAGGCUGGCGGCCAUCAUGAUGGUGCGCACCUUGCCCUUGCCGUUCACGGGGUUGCCGUGGUCACGCACCAGCCCGCCGUUUUCGAAGUCGUACCACUUGCCCGCAUCCCACUUGGCCAUGAUGGCCUCCUUGGCGCCGUCCUUGCGCAGCUCGGAGGCCGCGAAGAUGCCGCCGUUGGGGUGGAACCCCUUGGUGGGGAAGAAGGAGAACUCCUCGGUGGGCGGGGCGUCUGGUGUGGCCGGGUCUUCGGACUCGCUGACGGCGUGCAGGGUGACGGCCGUCAUCUUGCCCUCGGUCAGGGUGCCGGUCUUGUCACUGCACACGACGGUGCAAGAGCCCAGCGUCUCGACUGCAGGCAGCUUGCGCACCUGGUGGCAAUACAUUCACACAACACACGAGACACACAGGGAUGAGAUCAGAGGGGUCGUGUGGCUGGCUAGGUUGACCACCCGCUGCAGUGCACUGCAGCGUAGCGUACCUGUGCCUGUCGCUUGACCAUGGCGCCGCAGCCGAGUGAGAGGCAGAUGGUGACGACCAUGGGGAGGCCCUCUGGGAUGGCCGAGACGGCGAAGCCGACGGCAACCAUGAGAAUCGAGAAGAACCGGCCGUCCUCGGGGUGCGAUGGGUCACGGUACCCUGUCGUGAUGGCCACCACGAUGAUCAGCGCUGCACACACACACCACACACAGACAGAGAGGGACACGUGAGACAAAUGUGUCGUGUGGGCUUGUGUGUGUGGUGUGAGGGCGUACCAAGGAAGGCGAUGGCGAUGGCGCCCUGGAUGAGGCCGAACUUGUUGAGGGACUUCUGCAGGGGCGUCAGCUGCUCGCUCUGGCUCGCCUGCACACUCACAGCACAUCACAACCAACCAACAGAAUGAAUGGCCACGUUCAUGUGGGUGUGCUGGUGGGUGGUUCGUUGGCUGGGUGUGGGGUGUAUGGUAUGGCGCUGGUAGUACCUACCGCCUUGAGGUGCUGGGCGAUGAUGCCGACUUGGGUGUGCAUACCGGUGGCCACCUGCGCAGCGCACAGACGAGACGAACAGACAGGCAGACACAUGUGUCGAUGGUGGGGGUGUGGUGUGGUGUGAGGUGUGUGUGUCCACCGUACCACGAGGCCUCUGCCGGAUCCGUUGGUGACGGAUGUGGAGGCGAAGCACAUGUUCUUGGCAAAGGCCUCCUUGGCCUCCUCACCGUUCACCUUGACCUGCUUCCGGAUGUCCUCACCUGCACACACAGCAGUCAUAUGGAUGGAUGGAUGGAUGGAUUUGUGGCUCUGUCCGUGUGCGUGUGAGAGAGAGAGUGGGAGGGGGCGUUUACUUUCGCCAGUGAGCAGGGCCUCGUUGGAGAGGAGCUCGUUGACGUCGAUGAGACGGAUGUCGGCAGGCACACGGUCGCCGAUGGACAGCAACACCAGGUCACCGGGGACCAACUCAGUCGCCUCAAUCAGCUCCUCAGCACCAUUGCGGAUCACCUGGUGCGUCAGACAUGGCCCACACACAACCACAUACAGGCGUCUCGUCUCAUGUGCUGUGCUGUGGGUGUGGUGAGAAUCUUUCUCUGUCUGUCUCUGCUGACCCACCUUGCAUUUGGGUGCGGCCAUGCUGGCCAGUUUGGCGAGUGCGUCGCUGGCGGAUUUCUCCAUGUAGGUGGCCAGUGAUGCGUUCCAGAGGGUGAUGACGAGCACCGCCACGCCCACGACGACCUUGCCGAUGCUCAGGGAGACGAUGGCCGCCACAACCAGCAAAAUCAUCACCGGCGACUUGUACUGCAUCAGGAACAACCACCUGUCACACAUCACACAUGUUUCAGAGAGGGAGACAGAGGGAGACACUCAGUCGACCAUCCCAUCCGCACACAACACAUGCCCCCCGGCCGACUGACUGACCAGGCGGAGACGGUGCCCUCCUUCUCGAGAGCGUUGUCGCCCCACUCGUGUCUCGCCUCGAUGACCCGCUCGGAGGUGAGUCCCUUGAUGCAGCUGCUCUUGAGGUCCUUGGCGAGCUGCUCGGACGAGGCGCUGGCCCACUUGUUUGCGCCCUGGAAGUGCUCAUACUCGUCGUGGGCCUCCUCCACCACGUGCUUGAAUUCCUCCUGGUUCUUGGAGCGGGCCGCCUGGAUGCGGUCCUCCAGAGGCGGCUCGUACAGGUGACCCACCGCCUCGUCCGUGUAGGACGUCGCACGACCGAAGAACUGCUCCAACCUGCAUCGAAUCGACAGGGACAAGACAUAACACAACAGCACACAGUCUCUCACACCCGCAGAGAGAGGAUGCACACGCGCACCCCUCACAGAUCUCUCUCUGUCUGGUUCCGCCUGCCCUUCUGGAUGCAUGUCGUGUGUGUGUGCGUGAGGUCUCGCUGACUGACAGACUGACCGUUCGCCCAUGUGCGGGUGACUCGUCCCGGGGCCGUGUCCGCGGUGGACAUUGAGCAGGUUGGGUGAGCGAUGCGAGUGAUGGGGGGACCGGGACUUGAGCUUUUCACUCAUAGUGCUGGAUGGCUCAAUCAGUCAGCCAAACAAACUCUUCUUGUAUUCCAAUCGACACGAGAGAAGCAGACAAAAUCAGCUGGAGGGCAGCAGGAGCGAGAUCUCUCACACCCAAGCUCAGAGAGGCUGGGAGAUGGAGGAGAGAGACUCACAGAC